AUGGAGGUCGAGACGUCGGCGGCGAACGGCACCCAGCAGCAUUCGCACUCGCCGGCACAGCAGCAGCAGGCAGCUGGCGGAGGGGACUUGAAUGCCUCUCAGACAUCGACUACGCCGAACAUUCAGAACCAGCCAAGCUUUCGAAGGUGGGCAGCAAAUGCGAUUCCUAUGCCAGUCUGCUUUGGGUUCUUUGCUGACUUUUGGCCCUUUUGGUAA